GAGGCUCGAAGCAACCUUCUUGCUGUGAGGCAACAACACUACCUAUUGCGCCACCACGAUGGCCGCAUAUUUAGCAAUAAACUGAAAAUAGAUUGUUUAUAUAGAUCCAACAAAUAACUUUAAAACAUAUGUUUUCUCAUUUGUUGUCAGUUCAGUUUAAACAAAUGUUUUUUUGUUGUCUUGUCCUUUUUUAUUAUUAUUUCUUCUAACUUUAACUUGCAAUGUUGUUUUAUUAAAACAAUUUCUUAAAAAAAAUAGUGAUACAAUUAAGUUUUUCCGGAUCCCCUCUUCUGUUAUAUGAUGCACUAUAUAAUCCCCUAAUGUGUGAAUAUUAUACUACUAAACCAUUAUAAACUGAUCUUUACGAAUGUUCAGAUGUGAUUUUGUUUGUAUGUUUUUUUUUUUUAUAUUGAUUAUGGGAAUAUUACUUUUAAUCAUACUGUACAUUGGAAGCAUAUUUAUGAAAGUGCACUGUUUGGAGUGAAACUUAUAAUAACUAAUAAUAAAACGUGAAAAAAAAUCUUCCAGCGGAGUGCUAUUUGUGCUCAUAUUUUUAAUAUCGAUGACUUUGUGUUGUCAGAGUGGGAAGUUUGCAGGAAGUCCUAUGGAGGGUCAGGAGUGUCAACCGCAGGGUUUGGGCUACACAGAGGACGUGACUGAGCAUGAGCAGAUGACCGCAGUGCUUUGUACCAGCCUGCAGGGUGGCGAUAGUCCAUCAUCUGUCCUUCCUGGCCUUCGCACACGGACCCGAGCCACUCGAGGUCAUACAGCACUUUUGUCCACUGCAAAUGAAGACACUUCUAAUUGCACAAAUGACACAGCAGAUGAGAUCAUGGAGCGGAUUGUGAAAUCAGCCACUCAGGGCCCCAGUCAGAGAACACAGCCUCGUGAGAGGAGACGUUCCAGAGCAAACCGCAAAUCCUUGAGAAGAACACUGAAGAACGGUCUUACCCCGGAGGAGGCACAGGCUCUGGGUUUGGCCAGCGGCUCUGAGAUGCAGGUGUGAGACAGCAGACGCUCAGGGUCUGGACAAAUAAUAUGAGCUGGACACACAUGUUUGCUUGAUUCUGGAGCAGGUGCAUGUUUCUGGGUUUGUCUUUUACUGUGGACAACUGAUAUUCUCACAGGAGAAAGGGAUUAUAAUUACUAACCCAUCAUACUAUGCUUAUCCUUGGGCGUGUAGUCAAACCUUUAUUAGCUUCACUUGCAUUUGCAUAUUGUCCCAGCGUGGAAUGAUUGAAACCACUCAGGUGCACGUCCACCGUUCCUGCUCUUUACCAGUGGACUGUUAACUUGAGUUCCCAAAUGUUAUUUUAAUGCAUUUUUGAAAGAAAACAAGCACAGUUGCUGCGCAACUUCCUGAUGCACAAUGUUUCUAGACGCUCACACAUACACAGAGAAUGCUUGUCUAGUUCUCCAGUACAAAGGCAAAUAUCCAUCUCUUACCGCUGUGGCCUUUAAAAUAAACCCAAAAUAAUUUUGUUGGUA